CACCGUAUCUACAUCCGAGCUGAACGUGGAGUCUGUGGCAUAUAAUUUGGGGUUCUGCCCUUGCAAGUGGGUUUCUUGAGCUAUCUUCAGCAUCUCACCAUGGCAAGCAGCGACAGACCCGUGAAGCGCGCUGACGGCCGAUAUGACAACGUAGACUUCACAAAAGCAACUGGUUAUAGAUAUCCGCCUGUCAAAUGCAGCUGGAAUCGAAGAGAAACUCUUCUAUUUGCUAAUGCCAUUGGCUGUCAAGCUGAUGAGAGGCACUUCUUGUACGAACUGCAUCCGAACUUUGCUAUUUUCCCAACAUUUCCGGUAAACCUGCAUUGGAAACAAACAGAUUUCGACGUGUACGACUUUUUUGCCCGAGGCACGACGUCGGAUGUUCCAGGUGUGCCACCAUUCGACGGCCAGCGCUCUGUGGACGGUGAGCGUUCCAUUGAGAUUUUGAAGCAGCUGCCCGUGAGCUCUGAAGGCUAUGACUUUGAAAUUCACAAUAAGGUCAUAGGUGUGUAUGAUAAGGGUGGUGCGAUGAUCCUGGAGGCCGAGUCUGAGAUGAUUGACAUGAAAACCAAUACCGUCUAUGUCAAGAUUGCAUCAACAGCAUUCGGUAUCGGCCAAGGUGGUUAUGGUGGACCCCGAGGUCCUUCAAAACCAAGUCCGAAGAUUCCAAAUAGAUCACCUGACGCCACUCAUGUCUUUAAGACGACUGCUGAAACACCACUCUUGUAUCGACUCUGUGGCGACUACAAUCCAAUGCAUGCCGAUGAAGACUUCGGAAGAAAGGCCGGCUUUAAAGGCUCCAUCAACCACGGACUUUUGACUUGGAACAUUGCUGCUAGAGGUCUUUUGAGGGUGGUUGGCAAUUCCGAUCCAAAACGAUUCAAAGCAUUUGGUGCGAGAUUCAAGAGUGUCGUAUACCCUGGUGAUGAAUUGGAAACGAGAAUUUGGAAAGUUGGAAGCAAAGAUGGCUGUGAUGAGUAUUUAUUUGAGACUAUUGUCAAGGGAGACGGAAGAGUGGCACUUUCGAACGGCUUUGCGAAGAUCAAGCAGGAGGGUGCAAAACUUUAGCACUCCAAGUGACAUAAUUGCGAUAUUACAUCUAAACACAGCUACGCCGAAGACGCUGAAUGCUUGUACAUAAUAAUCUCGAGGACGUUCUAGAGAUAGCUGGGAAGCCACUUGGGAUCCCGCUUUUCUCUAUAUGCUUUCAAUCCCU